GUUUAAUCGUUUUAUCCCCAAAACCCAAAUCCGAACCCCUCUUUUGAAUUCCCUCCCCCUCGUCCUCGCCGCCGACCCGGCUCGGCACGGCGGAGCCUUGCUUCCUUGCAGAAGCUUCCCGUCUCCCUCUACUGCUCCGGCGAAUACCUCCCUCGCCGCUGCCGCGGCCCCUGCCGCAUCCCAGUUUCGAGCGUGAUCGGGGCCGUUGCUUGCCGCGGGAGGAAAGGGCUCUCAAGAUGGUUGGUUCAUUCAUCACCAGAGCUUUAAUACUUGUCCUUGGGUAUGCAUAUCCAGCUUAUGAUUGCUACAAGGCGGUGGAGCUGAAUAGGCCUGAGAUUGAGCAGUUGCGGUUCUGGUGUCAGUACUGGAUUUUACUUGCAAUGCUAACUGUUUUUGAGAGAGUUGGGGAUAAUUUCGUAUCAUGGUUACCGAUGUAUAGUGAAGCAAAGCUGGCAUUUAUCGUGUAUCUGUGGUAUCCCAAGACACAGGGGACUGCCUAUGUGUAUGAGUCGUUCUUCAAGCCGUAUAUUGCAAAACAUGAAUCUGAGAUUGAUCGCAAUCUUCUUGAGUUGAGGACUAGAGCUGGUGACAUGGCAGUUUUUUACUUCCACAAGGUUGCAGACUACAGCCAGACAAGGUUCUACGAAAUCCUGCAAUAUGUUGCUUCGCAGUCACACACUCAAAGAUCUCGCUCUCAGGCACAGCAACAACAGCAGCGUCCACCACCUCCACGUACUCGGCUGGCGAAUCCCACGCCACCACCUGUUCCUACACCAUCAGCGCCUCCACAGCCGGCCCAAGUCCCUCCUACGCCGCCAAGGAUGCAAGCGCAAGAUAAUCCCCCAGUUCCAGUUGCCCCACCCGGUGCAGUGCCACCUGCCCAGCCACAGACACCUUCCGAUCCUGAUACAAUCACCAGCAACGGCCCUCCAAACACCGAAGCUAUGCCGGUUGAUCCUCCCGGCCCAUCGACAAGCAGCAUGCCACUGCUUCCUAAGAUGCCUGAAGAGGAGAAGACGCUCAUUGAGGAGGCGAUCCGGUUGACUCGGGGCCGUCUCAGGAGGCGUCUGGGUGGAUCUGGACCUCCGCCGAACUAGUGCCCAGCAAGAAUCGUUCAAUACGAGCUUUCACAAAAGCUCGACCGAUCAUGGGGAUGACACAACAGGGAAAUUGCUGGGUUGGUCCGUCAGACAUGACUGAAUUAACUCUGAAUUGCACGGCUGCACGUACUUUCGCGUUUCCUCAUGCAAACGACCUGAUCCUGGAUAUUGUAUAUAAAUCCAUCCAUCCUAGUAGGGGUUAAACGCUGUGAUGUCAAUAGACCUGUAGUGUAGCAAGUCGGUAGAAAAAGAUGGUCAAGAGGCUCGGUGAAAUCGGUUCCAGAUUACUUGUGCUCCAAAUUUGGUUGAAAGUUUACUUGUGCUGUGCUAUAUCAAAGCUGUUCGAAACUGAAACGGAACUAUUUUGUAUGAAACUCGACUGCUAGGCAGGAAGCAUUUUGAAUGAAACGGAAUCGGGUGCCAAA